GCUUUCAGAUCCUGUCUUAACCAACUAACGGUUGUGCCACGCGCAAACACAUCUGAGUGCUAACAAGAUAUUUGAACGAAAAAUGCCAAGCUUACCACGAACCACGAACGAACUGGACAAUAUGACAAAGGAAGAGAGGCCACCACAAUCACAGAGAAAGGACUUCACAUGGCGACUUCAGCGCAAGCUCAUGAAAAGCCCGAUUUCAGAGAAACUCCACACUGAGGGGAGACUGGUCUGGUCCCAAUCUCUAGAAACUCUUCUUGGAUCAAAAACUGGUAAAACAACUUUCCAGGCCUUCCUUAAGUCUGAGUUCAGUGAUGAGAACAUUGAAUUCUGGAUGAUCUGUGAGGACUUCAAGAAAAUCAUGUGCCCCAGGAGGCGAAACUCCAGAGCCAAGAAGAUAUUCGAACGUUACAUCCAGGCUGAAGCUCCUAAAGAGAUCAACAUUGACCACCAAACCAGGGAGCUGAUCAAACAGAACGUGCAGACCCCAACAAAGACCUGCUUCGACGAGGCGCAGAAGAUCGUUUUUAGCCUCAUGGAAAAGGACUCGUACCCCAGGUUCCUUCGUUCUGACUUCUACAGAACCCUACUGGAAUCAGUCUCGUAAGGAUCAAGAUGUAAAGGAUGAGGUUCUGGAUAAAGACAGGCCUGGUGGCUCAUCUUUAAGGACUAUUUAAGAAGAGCUAGAGAAGGUCAACAGCAAGGGCUGGCCCUGAAAAUGGGUUUGGACAGGUGGACUGAUAUGGAUGUGCAGAACUCUAACACUGGUCACCUCUGACACUGGACUGGCCUCAUCUACAUUCAUCACAUCUGUUGCCUUGCUGACAUGCUGUUCUGCUACACUACAUAAGUGGAUUGGGAAUAUGCACACAAGAAAAAGCUAAUGGAGCUACCACUGGAGCUAUGAUGCUACGUUGAUGAGUUAGCUGGUACUUUUUUCUGAGAUAAGGAAAGUCCCCAUGCUUGUCUUUGUACAUCACUUCCACCAUUAAGAUGUUAUCAUAAGCUAGUUUUACAAUGUAAAGUUUCAGCAUUUUUUUUUUUCUUACUACAACAUGAUUAAAUUCCAAACCAAAUUCUGUAACGGAUCAUGCUCGGCCAUCCUUGUAAGAUCAAUCAGCAUGAUCAAAGUGGACAAAGUGACCCCGUUUUCCUCCUGGUGGCUUUAAGACGAGUAUGGAGCAACACUCUCACUUUGAGAUUGAGCAAAACUCUCGGACAUUGUAAGGACUUGGGUUUUAACCAUUUUUGGCCAGAGAGGAACUACACUCUCCAUUAGUGAGCACAUCACCUUACGUGCCGGUUUUAUCUCAGUCCUUAAUGAUGUGCAAUUCUGUCCACGACAGUAAAAUCAAGCAGAAAAUUGUACAUUGUAAACCCGGCUUUAACUGCAGGACAAGCAGAUUACGUUUCGAAUGAGUAGUGUUUUAUGUUUUGGUGAGAUAAUGAUUAGGCAGAGGAUGGAAGUCUUGAUGGAAAAGUACCAGUAGUUCAUUGGAAUAAGUCACUGUUAGAAUUUUAAACGUUUUUGUGAUUUCUGGUCCAUUGCAAGGAGUUCUCUGUACAUGUACACAAGACAGGUCAAGCACAGUAGAUUCCUUUAAAUGUUAAAUGGUGCAAAAGUGUAUGACAUAUCUAUUGUACAUAUGCGUAUGUAUAUAUUGUGUAUAUAUGAGUAUAUACAUAAUAUUGUUCAAUGUUUUAAAUUAUGACUUCAUUGUAGACACUGGUUAACGUUGGAUUUCAGGAUCUUUAAAUAUAAUAGUUCCAAUCAGACAUCCCAUUUAUAAAAGAUCUGACUUAUCUGACUGGUUUAUGUACUGUUUAAAAAUACAUUUUAACUCAUUAAAUGUUUUAUUUAUGAUUCUAUUAUUGACAUUUGCUGUAUGUGGGUAUUUCACAGGUUGAAAUUCCCCAAUAUAUAUAAAUAUGAAGACUUCUCUAAGACGUAUUAAAUAAAUGCAAAACAUACAACAGA